AGCUUCCAGAUGUCGAACCAAUCGGCAACAGUUGAGCAGCUCAGUGGAUUCGAAAAGCAAUAUUCGCUUCAAACUGCGGAAAUCACCUCGAAAAUCGGCCGCGUGCACACUCUGCCAUCGUCCGAUCGAGCCGGAGCAGUUCAGGAAAUUCGAAAAAGUUUGGAAGAAGUGAAUGAUUUGCUGGAUCAGAUGGAGCUGGUUGUUAGGGAGUUGGAGUCGAAUACAACUGAACGCACAAAAUACGAACUUCGUGUUCGAAGCUAUCAAAGUGACAAGAAACAAUUGGACACAGAGCUGGAAAAAGCUAUAAAAAGAGUCAGAGAAGAAGCUGAUCGGGAUGAAUUAUUGGCAUUUGAUGAUCAAUUAGAUGAGCAUAGGCAGGAGGAUCAACUGAUAGCAAAUACUCAGAGAUUGGAGAGGUCUACGCGGAAAGUUCAAGAUGCACAUCGGAUUGCUGUUGAGACGGAGCAGAUCGGCGCCGAAAUGCUCUCCAACCUUGCGAGUCAACGUGAAACAAUCGGUCGUUCCCGUGAUCGCCUGCGCCAAUCAAACGCCGACUUGGGAAGAGCCAACAAGACGUUAAGCUCGAUGAUUCGUCGAGCAAUUCAGAAUAGAUUACUCCUUUUAAUUGUCACUUUUCUACUUUCCUUCAUGUUUUUGUACAUUGUCUACAAAGCUAUCUAAAAUUUCCAGUCUUUGCUUGCCCCAUUUACAACCGCCAAUCAUAAAAAAAGUGACAUAUUUUCUAUUUAUAUAUAUAUAUAUAUAUAGUUGUGAUUUUGGACCUUUCUAGUCAUUUUUUUGCUUAUUUUUCAUGUAAAUGCAAUGUAUAUAAUUAUUUUAUAUUUUCUCGUCUGAUUCUGAUAAAUUAAUUUUGAUU